AUGCCUGAAAUAACAAUGUUAUUAGACUUUGUCCUGUACUGGCGGAUCAUCUUCCUGUACUUCUCCAGCAACUCCUCGGGUCUUGUGGAUGACACAUCGUUUGUUCCUGCGUGGAUGAUAAAAAGAGUGUUAUCGUCUGCGUCGCUGGUGACCUCUCCGCUUACAUCUGUUAUGUCGUCAAGCCUGGCUCCUGGAAUACAGUAA